AUGACUGAUGUGGAAACUACAUAUGCAGAUUUUAUUGCUUCAGGAAGAACUGGUAGAAGAAAUGCAAUACAUGAUAUCCUGGUUUCCUCUGCAAGUGGUAACAGCAAUGAAUUAGCCUUGAAAUUAGCAGGACUUGAUAUUAACAAGACAGAAGGUGAAAAGGAUGCCCAGCGGAGUUCCACAGAACAGAGUGGGGAAGCUGAGGGGGAAGCGUCCAAACCCCAAAGCUAA